UGGCUCUGCUGUCACUGGAGGGCAGCACAACCCUGUUUCCUGGUCCUCACAGCGCCUGGUAGGCCUCAGGCUGGAGGAUAAGGCCUGGCGGCCAUCUUCUCACCCACCACCAGACCCCGCCAUCCUGGCCCUGUUACCAGGCUGCCCUCCCUCCCAGGAAGGGAGCACAAGCAGCAGCCCAGGCCUGAGCCGAUUAGCCUUAUUAAUAGAAAUUAAACCCCGGCUGUGAGCAUUGCCAAGACCUGCGGGCCCCGCAUGUGCCUCCUUCCCCACUGAUGGGGCACAGGGACUAAGAGGCUUGGGAGGAUUAACAUGUGGGCCCCAAAACCCUGGCCCCAGAGCCUGCAGAGGAAUGGGCUCCCCCACGUGUGGCUGGGAACCAUGGUGGCAAUUGAAUAGCAGCCAUGUAGGGGUUUUGUUUUGGGGAGGCUGCUGAGGGUGGGAUGGAUGUCCCAGCAGCUCUUCCAGCCAUGGAGGAUGGCAAUCCCUCGGCUGCUUCACCUGAUCUUCACUCUCUGCUGGGCAUGUGCCCCUUGGCUUUGCCCCAGUCCAGGAGCAUGAAGGAGGCAGUGGGCACUUGGGGGCACCCAUCUCCUCUUUUGCUCCUUACUAAAACAUGGAUCUCUGCUAUGUUCUCCCCCUGCACCCAGUCUCCUGCUGAGCCCAUCACAGCACUCCUCUUCUUCCUCCUUUGUCCCCUCCCAACCUGCCCAGUUCUGCUGGGAGAGCAGUGAGGAGCCCCGUGGCAGGCCAUGGGAUUACUGUGGGAUUCGGGCCGUGACAGGCAGCCUCCUCCUCCCUAUUGGCUGGAAAAGCCUCUUAAAAGUGGAGAAGUGCAUUCUGCACGCUCAGCACCUGCUGGUCUUCAUCAACCUGAAGCCAUAAUCAGCCACUGACCCACAUCCACGCUGUCUGCAUCCACCCAGAGGAGGCAAGGGGGUCCCCUGCGUGGGGCAUCCCUUCUGCGGGUGGUUUUGCAGAGGGUGGCAUUGGAGCUGGAGGAAAGCAGGCUGAAAGGGGGAUUAGCUCUGCAGUGAGGACGUGGCUGCCCCUGAAGAAAGUAGCAGGGCACAAGAGACUCCUGCAGCUGUCACCCUGUGCUCUGCUGACGGCGUGCCCACCAUGGAGCAAAGAACCUGCGGGGCCAUCUGACCAGGCACACUCGUCCAGAGCCAGGGAGCACCAGCUGGGCUGACCUGCUCGGUCUCUGGGGUCUUUGGCGCUCAUCGCUUCGUUGCACAGAAUCUGCAUUUCUCUUGCUGUCUCCCUGUGUCAUCCUACCUCAUCCCGGCCUGCCUUUCACCCAGGCUAGACAAUGGGGAGAGCUGACCCAGAGGAAGGGCAGCUACCAGCUCCUGUGAAGCCCCCAGAUGGUGGCUGGGGCUGGAUCGUUCUCUUUGGCUGCUUUGUGAUCACUGGCUUCUCCUAUGCCUUCCCGAAAGCUGUCAGUGUCUACUUCAAGGAGCUCAUGAAAGAUUUCCAUGUGGGCUACAGUGACACAGCCUGGAUCUCCUCUAUCAUGCUGGCCAUGCUCUAUGGAACAGGACCAGUAUGCAGCAUCAUGGUGAACCAGUUUGGCUGCCGGCCUGUGAUGCUCAUUGGAGGGCUGCUAGCUUCCUCUGGGAUGAUUCUGGCAUCUUUUACCACCAACAUCAUUGAGCUUUAUCUGACAGCUGGUGUGCUGACAGGUCUGGGUAUGGCGUUGAACUUCCAGCCCUCACUGAUCAUGCUGGGCACCUACUUUGACAAACGUCGGCCUCUUGCCAAUGGACUGGCUGCUGCUGGGAGCCCUGUCUUUCUUUCCUCCCUCUCUCCACUGGGGCAAGUGCUGCUGGAGAAGUUUGGUUGGCGAGGAGGGUUUCUCAUCAUGGGGGGCCUUCUACUCAACUGCUGCACUUGUGGGGCAGUCAUGAGACCCCUGGAUACAGGCAUGAAGCGGAAAAUGGAGAAAGCUCAGGACAAAUAUGAAGCCAAGGAGAUGCUGCCCAUGGGAAGCAAGUCAGAGGAAGGCAUCAGCACCACUGAUGGAACCAAGAAAGCCAAGAAAGCCAAAAAGAAGCCCAAGAAAGGAAAGAAGCUGUUGGAUUUCAGCAUCUUUUCCAACCGAGGCUUCAUCAUUUACACUAUCUCAAAGUUCAUCCUGGUCUUGGGUCUCUUUGUGCCCCCCAUCUUGCUGGUCAACUACGCCAAGGACACAGGAGUACCAGACACAGAGGCCGCAUUCUUGCUUUCCAUCAUUGGUUUCAUUGACAUCUUUGCCCGGCCAGCGUGUGGCAUGGUGGCAGGCUUAAAGUGGGUCCGCCCUCACGUGGCAUACCUGUUCAGCUUCUCUAUGCUCUUCAACGGCUUGACAGACAUCUGCAGUGCCAGGGCUAGUAAUUACACGGGGCUGGUCAUCUUCUGUGUCUUUUUCGGCAUUUCUUAUGGCAUGGUAGGGGCUCUGCAGUUCGAGGUGCUGAUGGCCAUCGUUGGCUCCCAGAAGUUCUCCAGUGCCAUCGGGCUGGUCCUACUUAUCGAGGCUUUUGCUGUGCUCAUUGGUCCACCCUCUGCAGGCCGCUUGGUUGAUGCUCUCAAGAACUACGAGGUGAUCUUCUACUUGGCGGGCUCAGAGGUGGUGCUCUCUGCUCUCUUCCUGGCCAUGGCCACUUACUGCUGCCUGAACCGAGGGAAGAAGACACCUCCCCCAGAGAAAAACCCUUCAGCAGGUGGUGGGAGUGACACUGAAGAAGCCGAGUCUGAUGUGCAGGAAGCCGAGGAGCACAGCAGUGAUAAUCACCAGCCAGCUCAUGGCACUGACAAAGCCAUGGUGGCAGCCAAUGAGGAGGUCAACCAUAUGGAGGAUGAGCAGAGUGGGGAGGGAGGCAGGUGUCCUGAGGUGGAUGGGGAGGUGUUGGCACAAGCUGGCUGCAAUGCCGACCAGACAGUGGAGAGGGACAGUUUUUAGCCAGGGAGGAAGAAUGGGGAUGUAAAUUACUGGCCUGGUUUGUGUGUAACUCAGCGUGGGCGUAUAGAUGGGAUGUGGAUUGGAAAAAAGGAAGACAAAAGCAAAUGUAAGAGAUAAAAGGGUGAAAGUCUAAGAAUAUCUGGUCCUCAUGUACAUAUGCCCACAUACCUACACAGAGAUAUGUCUACUUGCGUCCUGCACCAUGCUGGUACAACGCAGGCUCAGUGCAGCCCAACCACCAGAAUCUUCUUCCCCCUACCUCCAAACAAGCCCUGGAAAAUAUAUUUUGAAGAGGCUGCGAAGGACUCUCCUUUUCUUUCUGCAUUGUCACAAUACAGAACACAAUUAGAGACUCUUUGUUAUCAUCUCUGGUAUGCUCUGGUCUGGUGUCAGUGUUUCCUCUACGCCACUCCCAGGGUUGGGAUAUCACAGUCCUGAAUGGCACAGCUCUUGGAAGGACCAAGGGCAGCUGCUGUACCUAGUCUGGGCUUGCCUUGCCCCUGGGACACACAAACCAGGGAGUUUAUGAUAGUCAUGGGAGCAGGCAUGCCAGGCAAGCUGGGAAUAGGUUUAAGAGAUGCUGUAGCUCAUAGCUAUCACUGGGUCAUGUCUUGCUGCAGCCAGCACGGGAGUAAACACUGCAUCUCCCACAGUACCUCCUCAGGGCACUGCUGGGAGUGGGAGCAUUGGCUGUGAUCACCUCCCUCUUGAGCACCUUCAGUGGGCAAUAAAGCUGGGGCAGUGGCACAAAAUGGCUCUUCCAAGCUGCUACCAAAGAGCAAGAAGGUGGCACCUCAAAAGGGCUAAUGCCACUAAGCAAGCCCUGCAGCACAGAGCUUUGCUGCCAGGAAUAGCAGUGGCAGCUGGGGGCGGGGUUGUCAGUGCAGGUAAACAUCCCUGUCCCUAGUGAUUAUCCACUCAGCAGGAAUGGCACAAGAUGCGCGCGUGUGUGUUUUCUUUUUAAAUAGAGAAAGGCCUCUUACAUAAAGGAAUCAAAGGUAAGGCAGAAAGACAAGCUGCGGCCUCUCGGGUGCCACCAAUGAGGGUGGUGGGGCACGUGGCCAGGCAGGCGUGACUUCCCUCCCCCUGCCCACAGUGGUGGAUUUCUGCAUUCACAGAGGACAACCUUCCCUGGCAUGCUUAAACCGUUUUUAAUCUGCUUUGGGACCGGAUCUUUUAUAAACACCCUUGGCCAAAGCCCUUUCUUCCGGUUAGCCCCGGAGGAACCUCUUUCUGCAAGGAGGGAUCAAGACCUAAGCAGAACUGGUCUGCAAGGAAGGCAGCCCAUGAGACCAUCAGACAAGGUGGUCAUUCCAGAUAGGACUGACUGUUAGUUGAUGAGCAACAGGUGAAGCCAGCAGAACUCACAGAGCUGUUUAAACCUAACUGGGGCAUGGGAACACAAUGGAAAGAGCUUCUCAAGUGUAUCUAGCAUGAAGAAACCGUAAUUGAUGAGCAAACUACAGUUGUUGGAUGAGUGCCAGUUUAAAAACAUGACUGACAAGAAGAGUUAUAACAGAAAUUGGAAGGCAAAACAGAAACCCACAUAGGUCUGUGCUUGGUUCUACACGGCUAAUAGUGCUGCCAUUAGUUCUGUGAGCCAGUUCUUCCUUACCCUGGUCUUCCUUACCCACCAAUGCCCCCUUCUAGAAGUAGCUCACAGCUUCUCAGAGGUCCAAGAUCCACAGCCUGAAAACAACCACCCUUGUCAGCACCAGGCAGGUCCCUAGAACAACAUCCCCUCUGUCAUCCUGUCACCACUUCACAUUUCCCACAAGCCUCCUCCUCUUAAAUCUUUUCACAGAAGCAAAUAACAGCCCUUAGGCUACGAGAUCUUGCUACAGACUGCUGAGAGCAGCCCUUUUCCUGCCCACUUUCCCUGUGAUGGCAACCACCACUGCUGGUUAAUUUGCCAGAGGACCUCAGGGGAUGGUUUCAUGCCAAAAUCACUCUCCUGCAGCCUCUGGUUCUGGCUCAGGCCCUAAUACAUCCACUGCUCAAUGCACACUGGCUUGUGCCACACAGAAGAUUCUUUACUGCAGCACUUGCUUGUGUUUGGGGUCUUUUUCAAGAAAGGACAACCAUACUCAUGAACAGAGAGCAAGUUUAAGGGAUGCCACUCCCCAGAAGACUAAGGCUGCUUGUUUGUAAGCAGGUUGCAAAAAAAUGCUGCUGGGCUACGUUGCCCUCCACUUUCACACUGCUGACUUUCAGGCAGGUUCCACUGAAGCUUUUUCUGUUCCUCUGAACCACUCCACAUUCUGGCACAACAGAAAGAGGAUCAGGGAUUUGAGCAUCAACUUAAUUCUGGUGCAAUAGUUGAGUUGUACAGCAAAGCUGGUCAUGAAGCAGCCUAAGGACGACACCAGGCUAGUGUUUCCUUGGAAGCUAAGAUGCAGAGAAACUGUUACUGCAUGGAGGAAAGGCCUUGCUACAGCAUCUGUAAUGUUUUUCAGGAAACCUGAGUCACAGCAUCCUGGCACAGAGACAUCUGUGAGUAUGAGUGAGGAAAAACUGACCAGCAUAAGCAAACACAUCACUAAAGCAAAGCCAGGAACAACAGGAAACAAAACUAUCACAUUUUAAUUUAUUACAGCCAACAGUACAGUUAGAGUCCAUUUACAUCUUCCAGAGCAGCUUGCCCAUGGAUGACUUUCUUCCACACACCCAUGGAGAUAACAAGUCUCCAAAAAUACAAAAAAA